UAUUGAUAGAGUAUCAGGAUGGCACAUCAACUUCAUUUAGAGAAGGAAAAAUACAGGCAGUGGGUAAAGGCUGGUUUAGGACUUGGAUAUUUAAAGGAGGGACUGGUACCAUUCUGUAAUGACAUAGCUGUCCAACAACAUAACGAUAUCUUACAAAACAUUCGGUCUACAAAGUCACUACCAUCAAUUGUGACGUGUGGCAGCUGUCAAGUUGAAACUCUAAAGCCAGACCAUAAGCCAUUAGGGAAUGCUAAAAACAAAGUUUGUCCAUUUGGUCAAGUAAAAUGCAGCUGUUGCUUUAAGGGAAAAAUUGCUUGUCCAAACAACAUAUGUGGCGCCAUCUAUGACUUUAUUGUGCAGCAUCAUGCUUCCACGCCACCUGCACCUAACUGGAAAAAACACCGAUGCUCUACAGUGGGUGACAGAUCCUUGGAGCAUUUGUAAGUGUUUUAUAAAUGCUCCAGGGUACGAGCAGAAACAAUCUGCUGGUGAAACUGAUUGCACUGGGUUAUUACAUCUAAUGAUAAAUAACCAGUAUUUUCAUAGCCACAUUGGAUGUGAUGUCACAGUAACAAACAAUCUUUUUACAAAGGUUCGUCACUAUAGAAAUGCUAUCUUUCACUCAAGCAGCAUGGAAUUAGAAGAAAGUGAGGCAAAUACUUACUUAGACGAUAUGAUAGCAGUUUUACAAGAUGGUAAAGAGCUAUUACACCGAUCAGAUGCCCAGAUAGCAGUGAAGAAACUUCAAGAUCUGAAGAAGAAAGACUUCAUUAUUACGACAGAAGGCUUUGAAGAAAUGUUGAGACAAAUCAAAGAAGAAAUGACGAAAAUUCGUAAAUCAUCAGAGGAACACGAGGGACUUAAAAAUGAAUUAACAGAACUUAAAGAACAGAUGACCAAAGAAAAGGAGGAGGCUGAGAAAAUACAUACAGAAUUAGAAAGAAAAUUUACUGCUCUUGAGACAGAACUUAAAGAGGAGAUAAAAAGACUCAAGGUAGAAGAUUCUCCUGAACAAAAACAAUUACAAUAUGAAAAGGCUAAAUCAGAUUGUCGUACUCAAUUGAUAGAACAUUAUUGCAGUGAUGUACUUAAGGUAUCGCAAUACCUUUACAACCAGAUGAGGAAAAUUGUAACUUCAGUGACAUUUAUAUAAGACCCACUAUAACAAGCAAGAUAGAAAAGAACAGAGGGGAGUCUGAGGAAAAAGAAAUAGAGUCCAUGUCAGAGAUUUUCACCAAGAACGGGGAACCACAGAAAUUUAUUUAUGUUAUUGGAGAUGCAGGGUCUGGUAAGAGUAGUUUCUGUAAAUAUUUGAUCAACUGUUGGUGUAUGGCACACAGUGAUGGACACAAUGAAGAUGAUGAUUUUGAAGGAGUCAAGGAAAUGAACAAAUUUGAUUUUAUGUUUUAUAUUUCUCUUAGACAUAACAUAAAGAUCCGAAGUAUCCAAGAAAUGCUUGAAAUGCGAUAUGAUAAGAUAAAAAAUUUAAGUAAACUUCUGGAAAAUGA